AUGAGGAGGUGGUUUCUGCUGGUAAUAGGGAUAUAUGGAGUAGAUAUCAAGCAUCCGCCAGCCCAGGUAGUAAACAACGUGCUCGAUGACUGGAGCAAGGAUUUUGAAAAGUAUGUGGAUGACAGCCUGAAGGCCGGAAGGAAAAGACAAGGAAUCGUAUUGUACUCUAGCAGCUGCUCGGGAAAAGACUGCAAGUCUCGUAAGGUAGGAUGUUCCGAGGGCUUUUGUAAGGGUAGGCUAGACAAGUUUUGA